CUCGAAGAAUAAAAUCUUCGCUCAUUCAUCCGAUCUCCUGCAACUCUAGAAAUUUGUAAUAGUCUUUUCUCAAGAAAUUUAGAAUUUUAAUUAAUAGACCCAAUUGAAAGAAAAUGUCUCACUUUUGAGGUUGGUUGCAGACUCCUAGUUUUUUUCUUUACCAACACGAUUUCAAUAAAUGUCGUCACCACCACCACCACUAAACAAAAUGUGGAGUAAUAAACAUAUUUAAAAAUAUUUCAAGGCAGUGAUUUAUUAAAUUUGUGUGCCAUCAUCAUCUUCAUCAUUUCGGCGUUGUUUUCUCUCUAUAGUAAUGUGUAGUAUUGAUCUAUAAAUCAUUCUCUUUCUCUCUACCCGUUUCACCCCUUAUAGGAAAAAAAAACCAGUGAAUCAUCAUCAUCAUCUUCUUCUUCCUUCUCCAAAAACAGAUUUUCCGACCAAACUUGAUCUGUUUUGUCUAAAGCUUAAUUAAUAAUAAAUUAAUGGCGGAAGAACAUCGAUGCCAAACACCGGAAGGCCACCGUCUCUGCGUUAACAACUGCGGUUUCCUCGGCAGCUCAGCCACCAUGAAUCUCUGCUCCAAUUGCUACGGCGAUCUCUGCCUCAACCAACAGCAAGCCUCCGCCAAACCAACCGUCGAAUCCUCUCUCCCCGCCGCAUCUCCUCCGUCUUCGUCGUCGGAGAUCACCGAAUCCUCCUCACCCUCGUCUCCGACUGCGGAGAAACAAAUCAAGCUGAUCCCGACGACGGAGCAGAAGCAGGAGCCGCCGCAACGGCCUAACCGGUGCACAGUGUGCAGGAAACGGGUCGGGUUGACCGGAUUCAUGUGCCGGUGCAUGACGACUUUCUGCGGGACCCACAGGUAUCCGGAGGUUCACGGGUGCACGUUCGAUUUCAAAUCGGCGGGGCGCGAAGAGAUCGCAAAGGCUAAUCCUUUGGUCAUAGCCGCGAAGCUCCAGAAGAUAUGAUCUCAGCCGUUGGUUUUGCGUUGACCUUCCUUCUUCUCUCUCCCGCGUUUACCGAGACAAGGGGUGUAUCUCAGCCGUUUGUUAUGUCGAAAACAUAAACUUUGUUGUUGCGGAAACGUGUUACGUGAUUAAAGGUUGAGAUGGUUGUUACAAUACUCACCUUUCAUAUUAUUUUCCUUUUCUUCCGAAAGAAUUUAAGUUUAAAAAAAAAAAAUUUGUGUGGCUUCUUGCUUGUGGAAAAAAAAGAUUUUCUUUUGGGGGAAAAAUAUAAUAAAGUUGUGUCUCUUGUUUUUUUUUCAA